AUGAUAGACAGCACCCAGCUUGCUUUACUGUCUUCUUUGGAUAACACAGCUGUCGCAGGAGGAUCUGCAGUCCUCUUAGCGCACAACCUUGUGGGGUAUCUGAAACCGCUCCCUACAGGACUGGACUCCAUGAGCUCAUCCAUUCAGGGUUCAAAGCUCAACGGAGACGGCAUCUUGACGUCCUAUUCUUUAGUGUUCGAUAGAGGCAAGAGGCAAGUGUACUCUUUCGAGCAGUAUUGUCAUGGUAUAAGAUUAGAUCAAAUCUUGGAAGAACAGGAGUUCCAGGGUACAAUUUUGACAGAGCUUGAGCUUUGGAAGCUAAUAGUAGGGGUUUCGCUAGCGAUCGUGAAACUGGUACACAAUUAUCAGUACAAUGGCAUGCAGCUCCACGCCUUCUUUACAUUCAGUGAAGAACAAAUUUACUAUGACUCGUACGGCCACGUUCUUUACAGGCCGGCAUACGUGCCCUUAAAGGAAUGCGUUUUAGAAUCUAAUCCUAUAAAGUCCGAGCAGCAAAGCGUAGCACGUCUAGGAAGAUUUAUCCAGGAUCUUAUUUCUCGAUACUGUCCCGAGAACGCUAUGUGCACUUCUCAUCUCCCCAUCCUUCUUAAGAAAAUGGUUGGUCAAGAGUUAUCACGACCAAGCUUUGCAGCCAUAUGCGCUCUGGAGAACAUGGGGGACCACAUCAGAAGCUCCCUGAUUGAAGCAGGAUCGUUCAAUUGGGAUAAUUUCUCAACAGACUCCGUGAUACAACGGGACGCAAUGGAGAACACUCCUCUCUUCGAUGCUCUUGAGGUAGGAGACCCUGAUCUUGUGCAUAGCCAACUUAGAUUCCUAAAGAGAGCAAAUCUGAAGGGGCGGACAGCGCUGAUGCAUGCGGCCUGUAAUUACCUCCCUAUCUCUGAUGGGUGCCGCCUAUUGAUAAGUGCCGAAGCGUGCUGUCAGGAUUCUGAUGGAUGGACUGCACUGAUGCAUGCUAUAGAUAAUCAAAACCUUGACCUUGCACAACUUCUGUUGGAACGGGAAGCAGGGUUUGUUGGUAAAGAUACAUCCACGUACUCUGAUCUAUCCGGCUCGCAGCUGAGUAGCUCCGUCCAACUAUCUCUUUUGGGAACCAGAACAGCCGCUGUAGGAAGAGGUAUGACAGUAAGACUGCUGAGUAGUAGUGCCAAUCUCAAUUCAACCUCAGGUCAGCUAACCGGGAAUAUGACAGCAUUGAUCCUUGCCGUCAUCAACUACUGCUAUGAGAUGGUGAGGUACCUGGCUCCGUUUGAGGGCGGAUACCAGGAUAGAAGCGGGAACAGUGCACUGAUGUAUGCACUUGAUCAGAAAGAUUUCUGUGAAGAUGCCUGCAAGGUGUUGGCCAUAUACGAUGGAGGACUUGUAUCUAAGAGUGGAAGAUUUGGAUUUAAGAUUGCUGCUCUUCAAGGGAGGCGCGAGAUAUGUCGGCUUUUAAUGGAAAAAGAAAGGAAUCUUGGAAGAUCGAGAGGCUUCACGUCUCUGCACUAUGCCAUUGCUGUUAAAGAUGAUAAAAUGUUUAAUACUUACUUACAUAAAUAUAGCUCUUCGAGAGAUGAAGAUGGUGUCACACCCUUGAUGCUUGCAUGUAUCUUUAACGAUGUACACUAUGUGAAGGCAUUAUUGGCACCACAGCCAGACUCCGUUGAGCAUACGAGUGCUCCUGUGGAGAUCAUAGAAGCACUCAUGCCUAUUGACAGUAGCAACAUGACUGCUCUCGAUUAUGCCGUCUCUCGGCAGUCUUAUGACUCAGCCACUGCACUCUUGGAGGUCCUAGCCGGCCACUUAAAUAUACCAUUUCCCUAUGACAACAAUGGAAUAAUUUCGGUAUUUAGAUGCUUAGAAGUUAAUAACCUUGGGAUCGAGAGGCUUUUGCAUUAUGCUGUUGAUAGCGGACUCUUACAGCACUUGGACGAUCCCAAGCAGAAGCGUGUCUUGAGUCCUGUGUGGUUUAAGGCUGUGGAGACCGGUGCCCACGUUGCCAUAUUUGUCAUGCGUAAUAUUUAUAAGAGGGUCAUCAACCCUAGUGGUAAGACUGCACUCAUGGAGGCGGCAUACAGAGGGGAUCUGGUAGCAGUUAAGCUCCUGAGUGUAGAGGCAACAUUCAUCAGCAUGCAGGGGCUUACCGCUCUAAUGUAUGCCAUAAUACAAGGCUAUGACGAUAUAGUACACUACCUGGCCCCACUAGAAAGCUCUGUAUACACAAAUUCCUCGUAUCAUGAGGGCCCUGGGAUCUCUCCCCUCGAGCUGGCGCUUAAGCACGAUCUGACUAGAUAUAUAGGUAUCCUUUCUUAG